AUGUCAAAACGAACAAAGGAAAUUUUAAAAUUAGCAGCCAGGCAAGGCGUAUGUAAUAAUAACUCAAAUGAAGAUAUUAACAAUAUUGUAUCCGUAAAUAAUUUUCAUAUCGUUGAAAAUGUUAACAUUGAAAUUAUUGAUUACCAGUCGUUAUUUUCUGAUGACAAGAUUACAACACCUCCAUUAAAUGAAAAUUAUUAUGAUGUUAUGGAAUCAGAUAUUAUGUCAAAACGAACAAAGGACAUUUUAAAAUUUGCAGCCAGGCAAGGUGUAUGUAAUAUAAUUCAAAUGAAGAUAUUAACAUUAUUGUGUCCAACAGAAAUAGCAAAAGGUGAACAAGGAACCGGCAAGCAUGUAAUAAAUAAUAUUAUAUACAAAGAAAACACAGCAGGAACAAGCAGGUUUGAAACAAAAGAAAGUGCAUCAGCAUAUGACAUAUCAGAUGAUAGUGACUACGAUACACUUAAUUUAGUGCCAUAUUCAGAGACUGACAGUAGUUCUGAUGAAAUGCCAACAAAAACAAAGACGCGACGAAAAAGAUUUAAAGUGGUAAAAGCAACGUGGUUUUCAGAGAAGAAUAAAAAUAGACGAGAAAAUGGAAAGCAAUACUUUGGUAGAACUAAAAGCCUAUAUUGGGGAGAAAACAAGGUAUUUGUGGACAGUACUGUGAAGAGUGAAUUUAUUAAAAGGGCAAGAGAUAGAAAAGUACCAGAACAAUCAAGGAGAAACCAAACUUUUAAGUACUAUUUAAAAACAGGCGAUCAGGAAAUAAGAGUUUGUAGAACAAUGUACUUAAACACAGUAGGUUUGGGUCAUUGGAGUAUUCAAAAUUGGAAAAAUACGUUUUCAAAUUACGAAAAAGCUGAUGAUGCAGAAAAAAACUCUAAAAACAACAACUGUAUAUAG